AGUCACACAGUAGAUAAUGGGGAUCCAUAGAAUGUCUGGAUAAGGGUUUACUAAUUUCAACACGAAUUAAAAACGAGUAGGUACUGAUUUGAGAAGUUUGAAAUUCAAUUUUCAUAUAACUUACUUAAUUUGCAGCAAAAAGUUAAAUAUGCAUUAGGAAAAUUCAGUGAGUACCAGAGCAGAAUUUGGAAAUCUGGAUGUCAAAAGUGGUGAAAACUGAUAACCUACGCCUUUAUUGUAAUUUAUUUGAGUAUUUUCUCAUAUUAGGACAUUAUUAACGUUUGUAUUCAUUUAAGAAGUCUGUGGAGUCACCUACUACAAUGGAACUUCCUCAAUCGUGUGACACUUUUGUUGCAUUACCCCCUUUGACAAAGCAUGGUGUGAUUUUUGGUAAAAAUUCUGAUAGACCAAAGGGAGAAGUUCAAGAAGUUGUCUAUUUCCCAGCUUCACAAUGUUCAAAUGUUAUAAAAUGCACUUAUAUUGAAGUGGAAUAUUCGGGACCUAGAAAGGCUGUUAUUUUAAGUAAACCAUCAUGGAUGUGGGGUGCAGAAAUGGGGGCCAAUGAGUGUGGAGUUGUUAUUGGUAAUGAAGCAGUUUGGACAAAUAAUACUAAUGGUGAAAAUGAUCCUAGUGUAAAAAGACUAUUAGGAAUGGAUUUAGUAAGAUUGGGAUUGGAACAAAGUUCUUCAGCAACAGAAGCCUUAGAAAUUAUUACUAAUUUGUUAGAGAAAUAUGGACAGGGUGGUCCUUGUGCUGAGGAAGAUUCUGGUUUAAGUUACCAUAAUUCUUUUCUAAUUGCUGAUUCUUCUACUGCUUGGAUUUUAGAGACAUCUGGAAAGCAGUGGGUAGCGGAACAGAUCUCGAGUGGGUGUAGGAAUAUUUCUAAUGGUUUAUCAAUAACUACCAAAUUUGAUAGGCAUUCCAAAGAUUUGUUUGACUAUGCCAAGGCACAAGGAUUUUGGAAUGGAGAGGAUGAAUUUAAUUUUUCUGAAGUAUUUGGUGGUGAAAAGGUACCAGGGAGUGAUCGUUACAUUGAGGGUCAAAAAUUAUUAAAAAAAUAUACAGAAACUAAUGAUUUUAAAGAAGUAGAUAUGUUUAACAUCUUAAGGGAUAGACAAUCAGGGAUAUGUAGACCUUGUGAUAGUCCUUUUCCAACACAGGGUAGCCAGGUUUCUGUGUUAAGUUCUACUAGACCGAGUGUUCACUGGUUUACCGCCACCCCCGAUCCUUCAAUAUCAGUUUAUAAACCCUUCAUAUUCACUCCAAAUGCUAUUAUUUCUAAACAUACUAUAUGUCCAGAAGAAAGGGUAAGUUUUUAUGAUAUUUAGUCUUUUUUCGUAUUUUAUACAACUACAUUUAAAAAAUCUACCUACAUUUAAUUUGUAUAAAAUAAUUUAUUUCUGUACUUUUUUUAAUUUAAUUUCCCCUUAAAAUGACAAGGUAUUUUCCUUUCUCAUUAACAGUAGACUAGCGGUAGUAUAUUGCAUAAUGGAAACCCUAAAUUAAUUAAUUCAUCAAUAAGUAAAUAUGAGU